AUGGUGUCCUUUUCGAGCUCUGUGAUCAUUCUAACCAAUGUGGCAGAUAAGUCAGGGAAGAAGUUUGCGCCCAAGGCCCCCGCCCGUCGUAUUGGUGCUAUUUCAGCCGGUACCCCGUCUGCCAGAGCCAGUUACCCCGCAGCGCGCCGAAGAGUCAUCUCAAUCACCAUUACCACCAUCAACACCACCACCGCUACGAAAAUCACCAACACGAACGCAAUCGCAGCUACCGCCCCGGCCAUCCACCAGUCAAUCCAAAACCAAAUCUACAGCCUUCCCAAUACUCACUCCAAGACGGAGGCCAUCGAUUCCUUCUCGUCAAGGCAUGAUCAACACAAAGCCCCUCAAACACCUCAAAAUGCUGCAUCGAGCCCCAAACGGCAACGGAAUGAGCAGCCUGUUGACAGCCAACCUGCAAAACGCACCAAGACCGUGCAGCCUAUUACAAAAUUUACACCUACGUUGCAAGGGGAAACCCCACAUCUGAGGUCUAGCUCUCAGGGGCCACAUUCUCAACCUGAAGUGACACCCACAACAAAGACUGUUGCUAAGAGAGUUGCCAAACCGCCCGCGCAUCGGAAACAAUCAGCUGAACAGAUAGCAGAGAGUGCCGUCGCUGCUGCUGCAGAAACAAGGCCCCGCUCUCGAAGGAGACGGCAGCCAACACCGGAGAAUGCAGAAUCCAUAGAGAUUGCCCCCACUGUCGUGAAAAUGUCAGAUCUCUGCCGAGAUCUCCGUACCGGGAAGAAAUCAAAGCGAGAGAUGGAACUGCAAAGCAUGGAUCUAACGGAACUUGCAAAGAAACAAAAGGAGCGCGAGGAGCGGAUCAGAAAUGGAAAUAACCCCCCGAAAGCUGGCUCAACUGAACGACACACGAGCGGAGAUGAACCCGGUCGAGACGAAGCAGGAGAUCUUGGCGGUCCGAAGAUGAGGAUUGUAAAUGGGGAGAUCGUCAUCGACGCUUCCUCCCUCCAAAUAGACCGCCAUGCAAACGCAGCCAGAAACGAAGGUGACUUAGAAGAGGUCGAAGAAAACCGGCUGACAAAACGCAUAAACGCCGCCUCUUUCGGCAAACGCACCAAAGUCGAGUCUUGGGACAAAGACAUGACCGACCUUUUCUACCGCGGUCUGCGCAUGUUCGGCACGGAUUUCAUGAUGAUUAGCAAGAUGUUCCCUGGCCGUUCACGACGACAGAUUAAGCUGAAAUUCUCAAACGAGGAGCGUCGAUAUCCGCAACGAAUCAAAGAAACCCUCCUCGGACCUCGUGAAGCUAUCGAUUUGGCCACGUACUCGGAGAUGACGAAUACGAUAUAUGAUGACCCGCGUGUCAUUGAGCAGGAACUGUAUGAAGAGAAGAAAAGGAUCGAAGCUGAACAUGCGAAAGAGAAGGAGGCGAAGGAGGAACUUUUGCGGAAUCCGGGUGGGGUGCUAUCGUCGUCUGUAGCAACGGCAGCUGGGCCGUCGGGUUCAAAUGUGUUGCCGAGCAUUGAGGGUGAGGGUGAGGGUGAGGGUGGGGUUGGCAAUGGGGGAAGAAGGGAGAGGAAAAGGGGAACGACGGGUGUUCACAAGUUCGGUGGGGGAACGGAGGAGAUUUUGGGAACAAUUGAUGAUAUGCCUGUAUCUGCGUAA